GUGUGCUGGUGACUGGUUGGGCUGAUCGGAGAUGAGCCAGCUGCGAGCAUUUGCAGGGAUUGCAGGGGUCCUGAGGGGUCAUUGGGUGUCAUGGAUAAAGGGGAGGCAGCCUGUGUCAGGGCGAGGCCUCCUUGACCCCCACCGGGGGUGCUCCUCCAGGGCUCCGGAUCCAGCGUUGGGGGAUGGCAGCUCCAUCUACGUGAAGGAGAUGUACUACGCCUGGCUGGAAGAUCACAAAAAUGUUCAUGAGUCUUGGGAUGCCUUCUUCCGAAACGCGCAAGCUGGUGCCAUGCCUGCUGAGGGGAGCGAGAGCCGCCCCUCUGCCCUGCUCCAGGGGCGUGCCAUGUCCCAGACCCCAGGCAUGGCCCAGAAGGUGGUGGAGGAUCACCUGGCAGUGCACACACUCAUCAGGGCAUACCAGAUUCGUGGGCAUCAUGUGGCACGGCUGGACCCCCUCGGAAUCCUAGAGGCUGACCUGGACUCUUUUGUUCCUUCAGAUUUGAUCACCACCAUAGACAAACUGGCAUUCUAUGGGCUGCAUGAGUCAGAUUUGGAUAAGACCUUCCAGCUGCCUGCCACCACCUUCAUCGGAGGCGGCGAAACCACCCUGACUCUGAGGGAGAUCAUUCGCAGAUUGGAGAUGUCAUACUGUGGUCACAUAGGAGUGGAGUUCAUGUUCAUUAACAAUGUGGAGCAGUGCCAGUGGAUCAGGCAGAAAUUUGAAACCCCCGGGAUCAUGCAGUUCACCAAUGAGGAGAAGAGGACCCUGCUGGCCAGGCUGGUGAGGUCCACACGGUUUGAAGAUUUCCUGGCCAGGAAGUGGUCCUCAGAGAAGCGAUUUGGGCUAGAGGGCUGUGAAGUUCUCAUCCCGGCCUUGAAGACCAUCAUUGACAAGUCGAGCGAGGCUGGCAUCGACAGCAUCAUCAUGGGCAUGCCCCACCGGGGUCGGCUGAAUGUUCUGGCCAAUGUUGUUCGGAAAGAUUUGGAUCAGAUUUUCUGCCAGUUUGAUCCAAAACUAGAAGCUGCAGAUGAGGGUUCAGGGGACGUGAAGUAUCACCUGGGAAUGUAUCACGAGCGAAUCAACCGUGUGACAGACAGGAACAUCACGCUAUCCCUCAUGGCCAACCCCUCGCACCUGGAAGCAGUGGACCCAGUGGUCCAAGGCAAGGCCAAGGCAGAGCAGUUCUACAGGGGUGACACCCAUGGCAAAAAGGUGAUGUCCAUCUUAAUGCAUGGAGACGCAGCGUUUGCUGGACAGGGGGUUGUCUAUGAAACCUUCCACCUGAGCGAGCUCCCAUCCUACACCACACAUGGUACCAUCCACGUGGUGGUUAACAAUCAGAUUGGCUUCACCACUGAUCCCAGGGUGGCACGUUCCUCUCCAUACCCCACGGAUGUAGCGCGGGUGGUCAACGCACCCAUCUUCCACGUUAACGCUGAUGAUCCUGAGGCAGUGGUGUACGUGUGCAAGGUGGCGGCCGAGUGGAGGAGCACGUUUAACAAGGACGUCGUCAUCGACCUGGUGUGUUAUAGGCGUUUUGGACAUAAUGAGAUGGACGAGCCAAUGUUCACGCAGCCAUUGAUGUACAAGCAGAUUCGCCGACAGGAGCAUGUGCUGAAGAAGUACUCCGACAAGCUGAUCAGUGAGGGUGUGGUCACGCUGCAGGAGUUUGAGGAGGAAGUUGCCAAGUAUGAUAAAAUUUGUGAAGAGGCAUAUACCAGCUCAAAAGAUGAGAAGAUUCUACAUAUCCGCCAUUGGUUGGACUCACCUUGGCCAGACUUCUUCACUGCUGAAGGGGAGCCUAAGAGCAUGAGCUGCCCACCCACAGGCUUAGAGGAGGGGCUGUUGCAGCACAUUGGUGAGAUCGCCAGCUCUGUGCCCAUGGAGGGCUUCAUCAUACACCCUGGACUGUCUCGUAUCUUGCGGGGUCGUGCGGAAAUGACUCGGAAGCGCACUGUGGACUGGGCACUGGGGGAAUACAUGGCAUUUGGCUCCCUGUUGAAGGAGGGGAUUCACGUACGUCUCAGCGGGCAGGAUGUGGAGAGAGGGACCUUCAGUCACCGCCACCAUGUUCUACAUGACCAGGAAGUUGACAAGCGAACCUGCAUUCCCAUGAACCAUCUGUGGCAAAACCAGGCACCCUAUACUGUCUGCAACAGCUCCUUGUCUGAGUAUGGAGUCUUAGGCUUUGAACUGGGCUUUGCCAUGGCCAGCCCCAACGCGCUGGUGUGCUGGGAGGCCCAGUUUGGUGACUUCCACAACACAGCACAGUGCAUCAUAGACCAGUUCAUCUCCCCUGGCCAGGCCAAGUGGGUCCGCAAUAAUGGCAUUGUGCUGCUGCUGCCCCAUGGCAUGGAGGGCAUGGGCCCAGAGCAUUCGUCAGCCCGGCCCGAGCGGUUCCUGCAGAUGAGCAAAGACGACCCAGACCACUAUCCAGAUGUCAGUGGAGACUUUGAAGUCCAGCAGCUUUAUGACUGUAACUGGAUUGUGGUCAACUGCUCAACACCAGCCAACUACUUCCAUGUACUGAGGAGGCAAAUCUUACUGCCUUUCAGGAAACCGUUAAUUAUCUUCACCCCGAAAUCAUUGCUGCGGCACCCAGAUGCAAGGUCCAGCUUUGAUGACAUGACAACUGGCACAAGGUUCCACAGAAUUCUCCCAGAUGAGGGCCCUGCAAAUGAAAGCCUGGAGAAUGUGAGGAGGGCCAUCUUCUGCACUGGAAAGGUGUAUUACGAGCUGGCAAAAGAAAGGAAGCAGCAGGACCUAGAAAGUGAUGUUGCAAUCAUCAGGCUAGAACAGAUAUCACCCUUCCCUUUCGACCUGGUCAAAGAAGAGGUUGAGAAGUACUCUAGCGCUGAGCUGGUGUGGUGCCAAGAGGAGCACAAGAACAUGGGCUAUUAUGACUACAUCAGACCACGUUUCCUCACGGUCCUCUCCAGCCACAGACCCAUAUGGUAUGUUGGACGUGAACCAGCAGCGGCUCCUGCCACAGGAAACAAGGCCACACACCUGACAGAGCUGAAGAGGUUCAUGGACACAGCUUUCAACCUGCAAGCCUUUGAAGGGCACAGCUUCUGAAGCACAGCCUUUAAAAACAGCACAGUCUAGACAAUUAUCGUCAUUUUAGCAAUCAAAGCACCUUGUGCUCUGAAUUUAAACACACCAUACAUUCUAACUUUCACAGAUAAGGGCCUAUAUAAGUGGCAGGAAUGGUGCAGAGUAUUAACAGCACAAACCAUACAAUGUACUAGAAUAGAAAUGUAGCAUUAUUGUAAUAGCUGAUAGGUGCAGUGACCUUAAUUUAUUCCUAAAGUGUGAACCUACUAUCAUAUUCUGUGCAACAGACUCCUACAGUCAACCAUCCAGUAGCCAAGUAGAAUUAAUAAUACAUAAAUGUCAUAUAAAUGCAUUUAUAUGUAAUCACAACAAGUGCAGAUCUUCCAGAAUGUCCUGCAUGUUCAUUUUAAUGUAGCGUUGUUCUAAAUGGACUCAUCUUGGCAACACAGAUAGAAACACAUGCUGUUUAAAAACCUAUCUUCAGGUAGUGACUAUGUCUCCUGCUAUGUCAAAGCAGCUGUAUGUGAGAAGGCUCACUUGAAUUGUCCUUUCAUAGUUUGCAAAGUUCUCAAGAUUAGGGCAAGGCAAUAAUAAGAUAGCAGCCAUAAAUUUAACUUUAUCAUCCUAUGAAUGCUAGGUAACCUGGAAUUACAGGCAAAGCUUCUCACUGUAGUGUUGAUUCAAAACAUUUAGGAUCCUCAAAGGUCAAUUUGAAAGUAAGGACUGAUUGACUUGUGAUUUUAAUGGUUUACACAUAAGGAGCUUGAAGCAGAGAUCAGGUAUUGCCAUUUUAAAUGCUAUCCUUGUUAAGCACAACACAUCCCAUACU